UUUUAUUUUUUAGUUUACCAGUGAAUGUUCGAAAUCAUUACAAUCCAUUGAAACCUCAACGUGCGUGGCUUCUCCUUCGCUUCUUCGUUUGAUCUGUGAUUUUAAAGCGCAUUUUCUCCUUCGCCAUAGCAGAAGUUUCAAUUCUCCUUGGAUCCACUUCCACGUCUUUUUUUUCUCCGGAUCUUCAGCUCUUUACGUGUUUGGAGCAUGAUUCCUGAGGAUUUUUAGAGGUUUUAAGCGCUUAUUGGAGUUCGUAUGAGCACACGUGAGUCUUGUCUGCCUGAAACAUCUUCUCUUGGCUUGUUUCAUGUGACUGAAAAUAUUGGUUAUGGGUAGAUUUUGAUUCUCCAAAUUGUUUUGGGUUAAGAGUGUUUUGCGUAUCAGACAACAUCUCAACAGACAAAAAGAUUUUAUCUUUUCUCUUGGUUACAGGAUUGGUUAAAGCAUAUUGUAAAUGACGGACCAAAGCUCUGUUGAUGGGAUUUUAGAGUUUCUUAGGAAUAAUCGUUUCUCUCAAGCUGAGGAAGCUUUGCGUCAUGAGCUUAGUAACCGGUCUGACAUUAAUGGCUUUCUUCAGAAACUUAAGCUUGAGGAUAAAGAUUCAAAUGAAAAGGAACUUCGCAGGUCAGGUUCUCGAGAUAGUGAAGUCUCCAAGGAGCUGAUUGUGAAAGAGGUAGACUGUGGGACUAGCACCAAUGGGUCUGUUAUCAAGUGGGAAAAUGGUCCGGCUGCUGACAAACCGAGCAAGAAGGAAACGGUUGUAUCAACUGAGAUGAGCUUCACAUUCUCCAAAAAUUCGGGUGAUGCUGCUGCUCUUGAUGCGCAUUCCUAUAAAUUUACUUCCGGAAAUGGUACCUUGGAGCCUUAUCGAAACAUUGAUGAUAAUAGUAGUAGUUUGGUGGAUUCUUACGCAUUCGAACAGUCGAGGCAUGGGAAUUUGGCUGAUAUCGAUAAGAAGAUAGUGGAAACUGGUGAAGAUAUCGUGUUCUUUGGCAAUAAGAGUACUUUAUGGUCUGGAAAUUCUACUAAACGGAAUUCCGGGUCCAAAAUAAUGGAGACAAAUGAGAUGGAUCGGCUAGUUGAAAAUUCUGGAAAGCAUGACAGCUAUAAGGGUAGCAUUCUUUUAAGAACUGAAGAUGUCGUAGCUACCUCAGAGAACUGGAAAGAGUGUUCUGUUGAUACUCUUUUUCAAUCUUCCAGAGGAGAUGCGUCAACCAGUUACAAUCUGGUUAGCAGCUCGAACAAAAGAGAGGGAAAGAAAAAGGCAGACAUUAGUGAUGUGAGGGUAGCAAUCAAGGAGCAAGAGAGCGAGGUGGCAAGAGCUUUAUUCUUUGGUAAAUCUCAAUCUACUUUUGAUGACAAAAACAUCAGCAGCUUAGGUUUUCCACUUGUCUAUGAUACCCGCAAGGAAGAGUUUCCUAGGCUGCCUCCUGUUAAGCUCAAGUCUGAGGACAAUCCUCUAAGUCUUUACUGUGAAGAAAAAUUUGAACGUGAUGGUUCAGGUCCAAGGCUGAUCAAUGAUGAGGAGGCCCUUCUCAUAGGCUCAUACCUUGAUGUUCCCAUUGGACAAGAAAUUAGCUCAUCAGGUGGAAAAAAAUCUGGUGGGGGAAACUGGCUUUCAGUAAGUCAGGGAAUAGCAGAUCUUGUUUCUGGUUUUGCUACUAUUGGUGAUGGUUUAAGUGAAUCUGUUGACUACCGUAAUGAAUACUGGGACUCUGACGAGUAUGAGGAUGAUGACGACAUUGGGUAUGUCAGGCAACCUAUUGAAGAUGAAACAUGGUUUCUUGCCCACGAAAUUGAUUAUCCAAGUGAUCAUGAGAAAGGUACGACCCGCGGAAGUCCUGAUCAUCAUGAAAGAGAUGCAAACAAAGACGAGGAUGAUCAGUCUUAUGCAGAGGAUGCAUCUUAUUUAUCUGGUGAACAGUAUCUCCAAUCAAAAGAUGCUGAACCUAUUUCUUCAGAAAAUGACAGAAGACUUACGGUCUCAGAAAUAUAUCCAGCUAGUAAGAAAAAUGAUUUACUAGCCCAAUAUGAUGGGCAAUUAAUGGAUGAGGAGUUGCUCAAUUCAAUGCGGAUCGAGCCUGUUUGGCAGGGGUUUGUGGCUCAGUCAAAUGAACUUGUAAUGAAAGGCAUAAAUGUCCAUCGAAAAUCUCAUCUUGAUGAUGUUUACGUCGAAGAUGAUCAACAUGAUUCAGUCAGGUCAAUUGGUGUGGGUAUUAGUAGUGAUGCAGCUGAUUUUGGCAGUGAAGUACGUGAAAGUUUGGCUGGAGGUAGCAGUGAGGGAGAUUUUGAGUACUCGCGUGAUCAUGAUCCUGUAGCAUCCAGGUUUAAACAGCUUUACUCCGAGUCAGAUAAGAAACAUAUUGAUGGCCCAAACAAGAAUAAACAAAAAGCAAGUAAAAAUGAUUCAGGCGGAAGUUUUCAUGUGAAGAUUCAAACUGAUGGUGGUUUUUCGUUUGGCUCGUCACAAAAAGAUGGGCAGUUAAUGCAUGCAGAAUCUAGUAAAUCAUUAUGGUCAGGCACUCGUGAAACGGUAACCAGAGAUAGAAACAGCGAACGUUUAAGUGCUUCAACAGCUACAGAUGAUAUGGUUGCAACUUGGAGACAAAAAAGUAGUGAUUCAUCAAGUUCUCGAAGUUCUUUGAAUGAAAAUAAUGCAACGUCCCUAAAAUCUGUAAAAUCAUCUCCCUCUUCUCUGUCAAAUUAUGCUCGCGAAGAAAGAAAGCAUGCUGAUAAAGAAAAUGAUAGCAGUGAAAAAGAGGAUGACCAUGCGACAGCACUUGAUGAUGAAGAGGCAGUGGCUGUCCAAGAGCAAGUUAGACAAAUUAAGGCCCAAGAGGAGGAGUUUGAAACCUUUGACCUCAAAAUUGUGCAUCGAAAAAACAGGACUGGUUUCGAAGAGGAAAAGAACUUUAACGUGGUUUUAAAUUCGGUCAUUGCUGGGCGGUACCAUGUCACUGAGUACCUUGGAUCAGCAGCCUUCAGUAAAGCCAUACAAGCGCAUGACUUACAGACAGGAAUGGACGUCUGUAUAAAGAUUAUAAAGAACAACAAAGACUUCUUUGACCAAAGUCUUGACGAGAUAAAACUUUUGAAGUAUGUCAACAAGCAUGAUCCUGCUGACAAAUACCAUCUUCUACGGUUGUAUGAUUACUUUUACUAUCGGGAGCACUUGCUCAUUGUAUGUGAACUUCUUAAGGCCAAUCUAUACGAAUUCCACAAAUUUAACAGAGAAUCAGGUGGUGAAGUUUAUUUCACGAUGCCAAGGUUGCAGUCAAUCACUAUCCAGUGUCUCGAAUCACUUCAGUUUCUGCAUGGCCUUGGACUUAUACACUGUGAUUUGAAGCCUGAGAAUAUAUUGGUGAAAAGCUAUAGCAGAUGUGAAAUAAAAGUCAUUGACCUUGGAAGUAGCUGUUUCGAGACAGAUCACCUUUGCUCCUAUGUCCAGUCAAGGUCAUAUCGAGCACCAGAAGUCAUUUUGGGACUUCCUUAUGAUAAAAAGAUAGAUGUGUGGUCUCUUGGGUGCAUUUUAGCUGAACUCUGUACAAGCAACGUUCUUUUCCAGAAUGAUUCUCCAGCCAGUUUGCUUGCAAGGGUAAUGGGAAUCGUAGGAUCUUUCGAUAAUGAAAUGCUUACUAAGGGACGUGAUUCCCACAAAUACUUCACAAAAAACCGAAUGCUCUACGAGAGGAACCAGGAAAGUAACAGACUGGAGUACCUGAUACCGAAAAGAACUUCCUUGAGACAUCGGCUUCCAAUGGGAGACCAAGGAUUCACAGACUUUGUGGCCCAUCUUCUUGAGAUAAACCCAAAGAAGCGUCCUUCUGCAGCAGAGGCUCUGAAGCACCCUUGGCUUUCAUACCCAUACGAGCCAAUCUCUGCUUAAACAACUGGUGUCUUUACUUAAGCUACUAAAAGCCGCAAAACCGCAGGUUAAUGGAAACCUCGUCUGUGCGAAGGUUGAAGCCCCUUUGGUGGGUGACCCUUAAUACAAGUUGUGGCUGUCUUCUUCAGUCAAAAUGUGAGCUGAAAAGAAGAAAAACUUUUGUGAAAUUUGAUUAGAGUGUAACACUGUGUCGUCAAACUUGUGAUCAUUAUUCUCCUAGAACAGAUUAAGUAGUAGAACUCUGUUUUUGUAUCAUCUGCUGAUCCUUAGUAGUUUAGUCCUUCGAUUGUGAUUUAUAAAUGCUAUUUAUGUAAUUUCUAUAUAUACAGGGUAUAAUCAUUUCAGGUGUCA